CUGCUCGGCCUCUCGUCAUCGUAGCAUAAACACUGCGAGCCGUCGUGAGCGGAUACCGCUGACUGACUGGCGGGCUGAGGCACAGUGGUUCGGAGCCGUUGGGGGCAUGACGAGGGGAAGCAGGCGUUUAUGUUUCUGAGGACUGGCCGUUUCCUAUUGCUGGGAGCUGAAGCCCAGUUUUAGUUAGUGUGGAGGCGGCGGUUCGUUGCACUGUGUACCGACCGGACCCACUCUUGAGGGCCGCUCGCUUCGCCCCGUCCGACCCUCGCGCCGCUCAGCUGCCGGACGAUGAUCCAGGAUGAGUCAGAGAGACGCGCUGGUUCAUCUCUUCGCCGGAGGGUGCGGGGGCACUGUGGGCGCCAUCCUGACAUGCCCACUGGAGGUGGUGAAGACACGGCUGCAGUCCUCAUCUGUCAGGCUCUACAUCCCAGAGGUGCAUCUGAACACGGUGAAUGGUGCGAGUGUGGCCCGGGUAUCUCCAGGGCCUCUGCACUGCCUCAAGUUAAUACUGGAAAAGGAAGGACCUCGUUCCCUCUUCAGGGGACUCGGGCCUAACCUGGUGGGCGUGGCACCAUCCAGAGCAAUAUACUUUGCUGCAUACUCGGGUGCGAAGGAGAGGCUGAAUGGCAUACUUGAACCCGACUCCACACAAGUUCACAUGUUGUCAGCGGGUUUGGCAGGUUUCACCGCCAUCACAGCCACCAAUCCCAUCUGGCUUAUCAAAACCCGUCUGCAGCUGGAUGCCAGGAACCGGGGGGAGCGGCGCAUGAGCGCGCUGGACUGCAUCCGCCGGGUGUAUCGCGCCGACGGCUUGCGCGGCUUCUACCGCGGCAUGUCCGCCUCGUACGCUGGCAUCUCCGAGACGGUCGUCCAUUUCGUCAUCUACGAGAGCAUCAAGAGGAGGCUCCUCGAGGCUAAGGCCACCUCCAACAUGGACGACGAGGAUGAGUCCGUGAAAGACGCCUCGGACUUUUUGGGACUGAUGCUGGCCGCGGCCACGUCAAAGACCUGCGCCACUUCCAUCGCCUACCCCCAUGAGGUUAUCCGCACCCGGCUGCGAGAAGAAGGCACCAAGUACCGCUCGUUCUUCCAGACGUUGUCCAUGGUGGUGAGGGAGGAGGGCUACCGGGCCCUGUACCGUGGCCUCACCACCCACCUGGUGCGCCAGAUUCCCAAUACGGCCAUCAUGAUGUCCACCUAUGAGCUGGUGGUCUACCUGCUGGACGGUUAAGCCCCGCCUUCACGCCCCUGGCCCCGCCUUCACGCCCCUGGCCCCGCCCUGCCCAAAGAGAUGGAGAGCGUUCCUGGGCCGCCCAACGGGAGACCAAAGAAAGGUCAGGCGGCCCAGAUACACUGCCACCCUGCAUUCCUAAAGGGGGGUGGCGAGCUGUGGAGUUUCUCGAUGAUGGGCAAGGAGGUUACCAACGUGUAAAGAAGGCGGGGGUCACGCUGGGACAGCCUGCAAGCUGCACACACCCUGACAGGCAGGAGCUGGAGAGAGACGUCGCUUCUUCAGCCUCUGUGUUUAACCCCUCUCGCUCUCCCUCCCUUUCUGUCACUUAUCUUGCUUUUCUGUCAAGAUGCUGUUUCCCCAGUAACGCUGCUUUUGUAGGGGUCUUUUCCGAGAAGGAAACCCACCAGGGGAAGCGUGGGAUGGUUUUUCAAAAUAUGAGUAAUACCAACAAUACUGAUGAUUGAACAACAACAAAAAAAUCUCCAGAUUCAAUGCCGUAUGUAUUUGUAGGGUGCGCUGUGUAGCUCAGUAGGUUAGGCCACUGUGCUUGCGAUCAGGUCACAGAUUUGAAUCCCAGGGUCAGCAGAGUGAUUUCAUCUUUGGGUCCUUGAGCAAGAUUUGAAAGAAUAGCUUCCAUGCUAAGAUUAAGGGUUGAGUGUUAUACCUGUGAAGGUAUUUUGUUAUACAGUGUUGCUGCUUAUACAUUUCAGUGUUGGAUUUUGUAAUCCUGGGGGAGAGGAAAGCUUUUAAAGCCUUGACUGGACAGGUCAUCCCAUCAUAAGAUGUGCCCCCCCCCCACUCCCUCCUGAGAGGGUCUGCUGGGGGGAAUGAAGUCUCUCUGAAGUUUGGAGUUUUAUUUUUCUGCUCGAGGUUGGAGGACAAUUUGAGUUUAAUGUGUGGCUUAGUGUUUAAUUGAAUGUUCCCCCACCAAGGUUAAAGUUCUGCCUCCCCACUCAGGGGUGAUGUUUGGGCUUAUGUGACAUGUCUUGUGGUGGGAGGGUCAGUUGGAUUAGCAGCUGUAUUGAAGCUGUAUCGCAGAUGGGAAGUGGUUCUUGUUGGGCUCCAGGCUCUUCCACAUGUUUCUUAAGAGCACUCUGUCCUUGGCACGUUUACCAUUCAUAAACACACUGCAACCCGUUAAUUCAAGCCUCGCUGAGAUUAUGAGCCUUUGAGUGUCUCUGCGUCAGUGUAGAUGCACAUUUGACCCAGCGCUAGCAUCCGUUUGGGGGUCCUCCUUCAGCCUCCGGGUGGUUCGGCUGGGAGGGCGCCAUCCUCGUCGUCUUGCUCUUGAAAUGCAGCAUGCUGUAGACCCUCAUGAUCCCUGUCAGCAGACAAGUUGCUGCUGAGUCCCUCGCCAGAGCUGCUGCGUUCCUCUGUAAAUUUAAGUAGAUCGGCACGAAGACAAUAUACUCUGAUCUACCGCCGAUGUUAGCUGGAUUCUUCAUUACUUGAACGUGAGCAGGUGACUCCUAAGCCCGGAGCCUCCAGCUGAAAGGUAAACUGUUAAUCAACCUUUGAACGAUGAGAGUUAACCCUGCCUUUUGUAUUUCUCAUUACUUGAAAAGUGUUUUUGUUGCGUUCCUGCUUACAUUAUGCAACAAAGAAUCGCGCUAGCCAUCGUCUUGCUACCUGAAGUCUGCCUUUCAGUCUCGGUGACUGUAUGGUUGAGGUGGGUUUUGGAGUUAGAGGAGGUAACGGGGGGUGGGGAUGGGGGCGGGGGCGGCCUGGCUCUCUCCCCAACCCCCCAAGCAAUUCCAUAUGCACUUUUGUGGCCUUCUGGCUUGUGAAACCUUUUUUUGUUUUUGUCUUGUGUAUUAUAAGGAAUAGUGUUACAAAGUAAAUAUAUAAAUGAUUCCUGCUGAAUAUAUUAAAUUAUUCAGUGUACUGACUAGUAAAGGAUGUCCAUGUGUACGUAUAUAUGUGCAGCAGAUGCAUAUAUAUGUUUACGUGUAAAUAACAUCCACUGAUGCUAAGGUCUUCAUGGUAUGCAAGAUUUUUGCAGUUAUGAAGUAUUUUAACUGCAUUUGUUCUUAUCUGAAAUGUUUUUAAACUUGCAGCGUGUUGUCUUAUGCAUUGUUUCUGGUUAAGUGUGUGUUUUUCAUUUCGUGAUUUUUUUUUUUUUUUUUUUUUUUUUUUUUUUCCUCCCUCCAUGUUUUGGGUUUAUGGUGUAAUUGCCUCGGUUUCAAACUGGUUUGAUUAUUGUAGUUCCUGUAAUUCUUGACCACAUUGUGCUUUUUUUUGUCUCCUUGUUUUACAUGGAAUCUGUGCACAUCCAGUAUUUUUUUUUCUUCUCCCUUGAUGUUUACGUUCACUACCUGAUUGGCAGGCUGUCCUCACUGUCCUCCUGCCUGUUGUAUCUUACCGGAGUCCUUAUUGUCCACGUUAUUUUCACAUGACCACGUGUACCUGAAAGAGCACUUUCCAAAAUCUUUUUAAGCUGUGAUCCUAAGGUCAUGUGGUUCUCUUAUUUUGACAUUUCGUUUAGUUCAAAAUUGCAGUGUAUAUUUCCUCCCUUGCAUUACAACCAAAUGCUGUGGGGGGUUGGUAGAUUCCCACCCCCUUGUACUGUAGGUGGUCAGAUUGGUGAAUUAUAAAGUAUCAGCACCUGUACACAUGUAGCCCAGCAGUGAUUUAACCCCCCCACCCCCCCAACGUGAAUCCCUGGUGCCGUUUUGGAACAUUUUUAGUGAGGAUAUGAAGUCAAGCAGCAAAUGCUUAUUUUGUUGCUAGUGGAUGCAAAGGCUCCAUUAGGUACAGCUGGCAGUGACCAGUGUUCUCUGACUGUCAGGUAAUACUGGAAGUGUUAGGUACUGCUUGUGUAUUCCAGCAGCUGUGAGUCACCACCAGUGAGGAUCUCUCUGCGAGUCAUCAUGAUAUUUGCAUAUUUUAAAGAGCAUGCAAUGCAGUGUGUGUGCGUGGGCACACAGUUAAACGCACAGUGUCUGUUUGCGUGAGUUUACGGCACUCGCACAAUAUUCCAUGACCUCGUGUCCAUCCCGCGUCUCUCUCAGCAGAGUGGAAUCCUGCAUCAUCCGCCAGUGUUGUGUCCCCUUACUGUGAACUGGCAGAGAGUCCCAGUGGUUACACACGUGGUUCACAGGCCGGUCGCUCAUCUCCUGGGACCGAGCUCUCUGCGCUUUGGCCUCUUGGUGUCCCAGCGCGACGAUGCAGUGCUGCUGAAGAUCUUCAGCUACUGUAACUGUGCCGUGCCGCACGGCCCACUCGACCACGCUAGCUCCUCAGCGCCACCUGGGGGCCAUCUGCCCUAGAGCAAUGAGAGAUGUACAAGAAAAUAACAGUGCAGCUAAUUCCCACACACCACCCUGGGUCAGUCCUGGAAAGGUUUGUGCUGGGCUGUUGUGAUCUCCGUCUGGCUGGAGGAAGGAGCCGUACUCCUUUGUGAAAAAUUCAUAAAUGGUUCCUCAGCAUGACUGUAGAGGUCAAUGGAUUUGUUCUAUAACAAUAUUCACAUUCUUGAUUGUUUCAAUUGUUUUGAGUUCUCCUGUUAUUCAUUUCAUUGUGUUGGAACUGUGGCGCGAUUGGUCACCCUAUGCAUUCUGUAACAGACAUCAAGACAUAAUGAGGAGAGUGUUGCCCGAUGUACAGAGUCUAAUUCACUAACCUCACUGAGUGCUGUGUUGCCCUAAUUUCUUGUAGUUUCUCACCUAUUUCAGGUCUGCGAAGCUGAUCCUCUGUUUUGUGACAGUUUUGCUACGAAUUACAAAAACAUGAUUUGUGUACCAAUACAUAGACAUAAUCAAAGAAAUGUUUGAUUAAAAAACGUCUGAAAAUUAAUACAUUCUCAUGUUGCCAAAAACCUGAAUAAAGAAAGUGUAUAAAUCAA